AAUGCAUAGAAAAAAUAAACAAAGGACAGUAAUUAAAUUCAUUGAAGUUACAUAUGAAAUGUUAAAUGUAUAAAUAGAUAUAAAUUUCAUUAGCAAAAUGAAUUUCAUGAUAUUAUAAGAUGGGAUGAAGAAGGAUUGAAAAUUCAAAUCCUUGAUAGGGAACUAUUAUAAGAAUUAGUUCUAUCUAAAUAUUUUAAACAUGCCAAAUAUUCAAGUUUCUUAAGGUUAUAGAUAAAAUUCAUAUUUAUAGAUAACUUAAUAUGUAUGGAUUUACAAGUAGUAAAGAUCAAUAUGGCACUUUAACAUAUUAUCAUCCAUGUUUUGCAAAAUAAAAAGUUUUAAUGAGGAAUAUUGUUAAAAAGAAACAUUAAAAAUAAAUUCUAAGAGAUACUAGUAUUUUUGGUGUUGAAUAAUCUGAAUUAAAUAAUUAAAUAAAAGCACUUUAAUUUGAAUAAGUAAAAAUUUAGUAAAAACUCUUAUCCUCAAUUGAAUAUUAAAUUAAAAUUAAAAAUAGUAUUUUACUAUUUCUACAAGUAACAAUUUAUUUAAUUAUUUUAAGACUAAACUUUCUAUAGCAAAAGAAGGUGAAAAAAAUUGUAGAUUAUUUAUUGAAAGUAUUCGUAUAUUAGUAAAAGGUAUGAAAAUAGAGUCACGUAAUUUUUAAAUUAAUAUAUUGUAUAGAAAAUGCUUUUUAAUUAUUAUUCAAAUAGCUGUUCCCAUAAUUUAUACAAGAAGAUCCAUAAUCAAUUUAAAUAAUAAGUGAGAUUGAAGAAUAAAGCAACCAAUAUUUAUUUUCUCCUACACCUUUUGGAAAAAUUGAUUUUGAUUAGGAAUAGUAUUCUUUUCCUCAAACAUCAUAAGAAUUAGAGAUUGAGUUUUUAGGUUUUGGAUUUGAAUUGUGA